CUCAGGACAGGUUCACGCGCAUACUUCUAAGCGCGCCAAGCAAGAGCAAGAAUUCUGAAGAGGAGACGUUUUGUUUUUUUCGACAAAAGCAAAGGUAACCAACGAAGAUGGUUGACCCACGAUCAGCGGUUAAGAGAAUGUCGACUGAUACUCUUCAAAACUGGGUUACUCAAACUGCUGUCAAUAUUUCUCUCCCAAAAAACGAAGACGACCCUAGGGUGAUUGCAGACCUUAUUGGGGCUGCUGAGAUUGAUGGGUCAGAUUUUGUAUCACUAAAUGAACCUGAAAUAGCAGAUUUAAUUCCAGUUAAAACUCCAAGAUUCUUCCACCUCAGAAAAUAUCUGCGUACACUACUGAAUUACUUGAAUCCCACUCAAAAUAACACACCUUUAGGAUCAACAUCAAAAAAACAAGAAAUAACCAAAGAUGGGCCCUGCUUAUCUUCAGCUGCUUACACCUUGACUGAAAUCACAGUGGCUGAAAAAGUUAAGAAGCCACAGUGUUUUGCACAGACUGCAGUUCAACCUUAUUAUCCCGUUCUAUGGUUACCUGUACUGGAAGAAAACCAAAGGGAACACAUAAGAGAAAAAGACAUUGUUUAUGGGUGUGUGCAACAAGUUGCAAACAUGUUUCACAUUGCAAGAGCCAUCAAUCUGAAGAAUACCCCAUCAUUACACGACGUUGAAGAAAUGGCCAAGCGCUUUGUGAAAAAAUAUCCAUGUACUGCAGACGAAAAAGAAGAUGCAAAUGGAAAUAACUAUGCAAGUAUUUUUUAAUUCAAAACAUUUUCUUAAGGAAUUAAAUUAUGCUAAUGCCACAUAUCCUAAAGUAUUGUAAAACAGUGUAUUGUCACCUUGUUUAAAUCAGUUGUAUUUUGCCUUGCCUUCAGAUGAUUUAUGGUCAUUUUGAUCUGCCAACAUGGUCUUACUCGUAAAAAUGUUAAUUCAGAAAUUUCAUCAAAAGUGUUCUAUACAGGAGUGUAUAACUGUGGUAACAUUUUCUGUCUUGUAACCUCCAAACUCCACUUAAAUAGUUGGGCCUGCUUACAGUUUUAAUCACAUUUAAGUAAUAUGGUCAACUCUAAGUUAAGAAUGGUAAAGAACGUUAUUUUGAUGUUAGUAUUUUUUUUUUACUUUUUUUUAAAACUAC